AGUCGGUGCAACGCCUCCAGAAAGAGUCGGCACACGCAUACAUACACACACGUACACGUUGAGCUGCUGUCCAAUCUCAAGACUUUUAAAGGCGAGUGAAGUUUGUCCCCUAAAAGAGAGACCGGACAGUUUUUAACCGAGGAAAACGGGACGAAUACCGGGAUUUUUACGGCUCCACGGCGAAAUUAAUGGUUUUGAAGGAUUCCUCGUAUGAGAUGAAAGGCGGGGACGUUUACAAGGAUCCCACUGAGCGGGGGCUGACAGACUUUGACCUCAUCCAAGAAAUCAUCAAAGAGGACAGAGAUCGAUCAGGUGCCUCUCUCCCUCGACCUCCUCCUCCUCCUGUAGACCUCCUUUGCACUAACCCUGAGAUGCUUGGACAGGCCUGCACACCGUCGUCACAGCCUGUGCUGGUGGCACGAGGCACUGCGUGUCAGCCAACCUGCCCCUUCCCCCAGCUGCCACAGUCUUCGUGCCCUCCCAGGGAAAUGGCGCAUCCUUCCCGGGGUCCCUCCUCUCAUGCUGGCCCCUCUCGCCGUGGUCGUGGAUCAGACAGCAUCCCCUCUCAAAGCCAGGGUGAUACGGACAUGCUGGAGCGGGUUCUGGAGAAGCCCAAACUAGUGGUGGUGGAAGAGCCCAAAGAGAGAGGCAUGAGGUUUCGCUACGAGUGUGAGGGACGUUCAGCCGGCAGCAUCCUGGGGGCGUCCGGCACAGAAACAAACAAGACUCAGCCUGCAAUCGAGAUUCAAGGUCCUAUCGAUCACAUAAAGAAGGUCACAGUCACCGUUUCCUUGGUGACAAAGGAUCUCCCACACCGGCCUCACCCUCACUGCCUCGUGGGUAAAGAUUGCCCGAAUGGUUCAGGAAUCUGCCUGGUGACGAUGAACCCUCACAACAACCGACGUCACAGCUUCUCUAAUCUUGGUAUCCAGUGUGUGAGGAGGAAAGAGCUAGACGUUUCACUUCAGAAGAGAAGAAACCAGAACAUCGACCCUUUUAAAACGGGUCACUCAAAGGGCAUUGAAGAUAUGGACAUGAAUGUGGUGCGUCUGUGUUUCCAGUGUGAGCUGGAUUGGGAGGAUGGCAGGAAAGACUGUCUCAGCCCUGUGGUGUCUAACCCGAUCUACGACAAGAAGGCCACAACUACAUCACAACUGAAGAUCAGCUGUUUGAACCAGUACAGAGGUUCCUGCGCUGGCAAGACGGAGAUCUACAUGUUAUGUGACAAAGUGCAAAAAGAUGACAUAGAGAUCCUCUUCCGGCGAGGGUCGUGGAAGGCAAAUGGAGAGUUUGCCCAGACAGACGUGCACCGGCAGAUUGCCAUCGUGUUCAAGACUCCGCCUUACCAGGACCAGGACAUCACAGAGGAGGUUGACGUGAACAUCUUACUGCGUCGUCUCUCCGACCAGAUGACAAGCGAGCCGAUCACCUUCACGUACCUGCCACACAACCCAGAUCCGUAUGAAGUAAAGCGGAAGAGAAAGAUCAAAUCAGACAUCAGCUUCAGAGACAAACCUUGUGUAACAGCAGAGAGACCACUUCCAGCAGACCAGUCCUUCUUCCCGCCGACUCAAACAAUGAUGCAAGAUGAGAGGCUCUGUGCUGCACCCUCCGCUUUGGGGGAAAUGUGCUACGAGUCCCAGGACACCGACGAGAUCCUCAAUUCGCUGCUAGAAACGCCUGUAAUAUGGGAACUACUUUCUGACCCGGCACUCACCGCUUCGAUUCCCCCCAACUUUGACCCGGGGGCCGACAUCAGCUCCUCAUUUGCCAACAUGGAUGUGAACUUAAACCAGAACUUUGGUACAUACACGCAGGACUUUUCCCAUUACAGCGACCUGCAGUUCAAUAUGCUCGUCAAUGAGAACCAGACUCUGCAGCCAGAGCCACAGGACUGCCCCUCCAACAUGGUCCAUGUGAAGACAGAAGAAGAGCUUUGAGGACUUGAUAGUCAGGAUCACGUACCACACUUAAAAGGAAAAGUUUGGGAUAUGUGCUUUUUCACUUCUUUGGUGAGAGUUAGAAACAAUUAGAUUGAUACCACUCUCAUGUGUGCACGCUAUAUAUGCUAAAGUCUUAAGCUGAAACCUGGAGCAAUGACUUCUGGAAGUCCUGUUGUCACUACUUUCAGCCAAGGGGACACAUAACCCUCUGUAACAAGACAACAGCACUAGUUUUGGUAGAUGGAUUUUGUUGCUUUUCAAUGCUGGUGCUAGCGUCAUUUUUAGACAUGAGAGUGGUAUCAACCCCCACAUCUGUGUCCGACAGCCUUGCUGGUCAAGGCUUAAGCAAUCAGGAGCGGGUUAACAUUCCUUAAUAUUUGCCCGUAAAUGCUGCUAGCAUUAAUGUUAAGGCUUACAGGUUGAGAAGAAGGUGACUCUCCCAGUCAGCAAUGUAGCUUAAGAAGAGAACUGAUGAACGUCAUCUUGGGAACAGUAUGAAAGUCUCCAUACAGGCUUGUGUUUUGUAGUAAAACUAAAAUGCCAGUCGUACUGUAGGUUUUUUUGUUUGCUUCAAUGUGAUUUUUGGUGAAGAUGAUGUGACUCCCUACUAGAAGUUGUCGGCAGUAGUAAUUGGAUCAUAGUUUUAAAACAUAAAAUAGCAGUUCCACCUUUGCUCUUGUGUGUUGUUAGUGUUUAAUAUUUAAUCUGCUUUAAUGCAAUAGAAACCAGUCGUCGUAUCCAUAGUGCCAUGUGUGUCAGUUCCCUUUGUUCUCUGUUUCACUCUUGUGCACAACAAUCAAAUUUCCUCUUGCUGCUUUUCACAGUUCUGCCCUUUCGCUGUAGCAGUGUGGUGUCAAUAUGUCCAUGAAAAAUAAAACUUCAGUAAGUUA